AUGACACACAUCUUUGAACAACCCAUGCUCUCCUUGUCUCCCCAAUCCAUCUACAGAAUAGAUGAUGUUGAUGUUGACGACUUGAGUGCCAUGUGGAAUGUGUUCAGCAAGUGUAAGGCACAUUUACAAAAUGGAGAACGGCUGGAGAACAUGUCGUGGCGUCUUUGGUAUCAUGAACGACAAUCGUUGCGACAACAACAACAGCAACAGCAGCAUGAUUAUUUUUCCUAUAUUCCACCUCAAAGCUCGUCUCGAACCUGUUCACCCGUAUCGUCUGCAUCCACAAGCAGCUCAUCAACCUGCUCAUCCAUUAAACGUUUUCUUUCAUCUCUAUCACCUGGCCACGAUGUGUGGUCGCACCAGCAGACCACUCCCCCCAAUAGUAGUCAUAAUAAGCUCAACGCCUGUAAUGCCUCUGCUACCACCGACGCAGUGAUCACGAACCAAACAUCCAAUAACGGCUCUUCCGAGUCGCAUGAUCGCCAAACAUGGCAGCAGCAGUUGCCGCGGACUCAAGACACCAAUCAUCAACACAACAACUGCAUCUACAACCCGCCAUCCACUCAACAAGUAACAUCACAACUACCACCACCCAAAAAUCAUCGUCAAAUCAUGCUGGUUAAUGAUGAAGAUGAUGAUGAUGAGGAUGAAUACGAUGAGGAUGACGAUGUUGACUUUUUACUUGACGACGACGAUGAUGAUUUUCUUGACGACGACGAACUCAUGGAUGACGAUGAGAUUUUAAUCACACCUUCCUCAACAGCAAGUCAUCGAAAUAAUAACAAUGAUGAUCGAUUUACAAAGACACAACCUCGUGCACCCACACCACGACCCUCUUUGUUGUCGGCUAUGCUGCAACGACAACAACAAUACCGCACAAAGUCAACUACUGCAUCAUCCUAUACCAUCGCAUCUCCGAUCAAGCCAGCCCCAUCAUCAUCAUCCACCUCGUCAGCCGACCAUCACCAUUUUUUACGUAAAGAGCUUUCCGAAAGUCUCAGACGCAAUGUUCUCUGGGAGCACAUUCAACAAAAAACACUCAUUUACCAUCAUCCACGCCAACCUCUUAGACGUUCUAGUAUUACUACUACCUCCUAUCAACAACAGCACUACCAUCAUCAUGGAAACAAUCCACCUGAAAAUGGGUGGCUGGAAAGCUUUCAUGGUUGGUGA